AUGGCAUCCAUCCCCUCCCUCCCCGCAGCCCUAAACCCCGCCUUGAGCGGCCGCGAUGCCAUCGCCGAUGUACUCUACCGCUGCGUCCUCGGGCUCGACACAAACGACAUGGCCCUCUUCGACUCGUCCUUCACCUCUACCGCUACGUUCUCCAUCAACGGCAAGGUCUCAUCAGGCCUUCCCGCCAUCCAUACCAAUUGCUUCGAAGUGGUCAGCAAGCUAGACACCACACACUUCGUCACCAACAUCCGCAUCAAUAUUGCUGACAGUGGCGUGAAGGCCGCGGCGACUGCCUCGGCGCUUGCGCAGCACUACCGCGGUGGGAAGGGACAUGAGCCUAACGAGUCUGCUGGCUGGGGUGCAGUAUUACGCUGA